AGUAUGUUGAACAUGCCGAAUGUUUAGUGGUGUUCAACCGAUAUACGUGUAGCGGCUAAGAACCACAACUCUCAACAGAUAUCCUGAAUAAUAUCCUAAGACACUUAUGCUCUAGAUGUAAUGGCUGAAGAUAAGUACUCCAUUUUACUCCCAACAUACAAUGAGAGGGAGAACUUGCCAAUAAUUGUAUGGCUUCUAGAGAAACACCUCUGUGACGUUAACCAUGAGGUUAUUAUCAUCGAUGAUGGAAGCCCUGAUAAAACAUUGGAUGUAGCUAAAGAGCUCCAAAAAAUUUAUGGCAAGGAUAAAAUUGUUCUUCGACCAAGAGAGAAAAAACUUGGACUAGGGACAGCUUAUAUACAUGGGAUCAAACAUGCUACAGGAAACUUCGUCAUUAUAAUGGAUGCCGAUCUCUCUCAUCAUCCAAAAUUUAUCCCAGAAUUUAUUAAGAAACAGAAAGAUGGAGACUUUGAUAUUGUAUCUGGUACACGAUACAGCGGAAGUGGUGGUGUAUACGGUUGGGAUCUGAAAAGAAAGAUUAUCAGCCGAGGGGCAAAUUACGUAACUCAGAUUUUACUACGACCUGGGGCCUCGGAUUUAACAGGAAGUUUCCGACUUUACAGAAAGGAAGUCUUGGAAAAGCUUGUAAAAGCAUGUGUAUCCAAGGGUUAUGUGUUUCAAAUGGAAAUGAUCGUGCGGGCACGACAGUUUGGGUUCACAAUCGGAGAAGUUCCAAUCUCAUUUGUGGAUAGAGUGUAUGGGGAGUCCAAACUUGGUGGCAGUGAAAUUAUACAGUUUGCUAAAGGACUGCUAUACCUUUUUGCUACAACAUAGUACAUAUCAGAGAAAUGUUUUCACUUUCAUCAUAUUGAGAAGAAAGAUACUAUCUGUAUAAUUAAAUGUUAGGAAAUUUUACCAACUGAUAAAAAUAUACAAGUUUCAAAAUUCUAUCUCAGUCAUACCAUUUAUUGUUGUUACAGGGAAUUAUUUAUAUUUUGGGUUCCAUAAGGCUCUUAGUACUGGACACUUUAUAUGGACAAAUAAGUUAGAAAGACAAUGUGGAAUUGAGUUACAGUAUCUUCUCUGCAAUCAUCUAGUACAAGGAAAGUAUUGCAUACUGACUACUAUGUGCAGAUUACAUAAAU